AGCUAGUGAAAGAACCCACUGGCUUUUUUUUUUUUUGUAAAUAUAUGUAUUUUUUUAUUAAUUUUACUUAGUGCUUAGUUCCUGGAACUUCUGGAACUGUUGCUUGAGGAAAGGGGAGAGAGAGAGUCCCAAGGCUUUGGGGAAGAUGGAGCACUUUUUAGGGAGAGGACCAUACCCUUUGUGGCUUUUUUACUCCUGCACCUGACCGCCACUCACGCAGCUCAUUCCAUUGACCUUCUGCAAGUGCUGGAGCUAUCGGAGAAGAUGGAGGGCGUGUCCGUGCAUCCCGGUCUCUGCAGCAGCCGGACGGGAUCGGAGGGAACCCGGCAGGCCUUCAAGAUAGACCGGAAGAUUCAACUCAGCGCUCCCACCAAGCAGCUUUUCCCUGAUUCCAAAUUCCCUGCAGAGUUCUCCUUGAUGGCCACCCUGCGCGCCCAAAAGGGUUUGCAGUUCUUCCUGCUGUCGGUCUACGACGAGCAGGGGGUGCAGCAGCUGGGACUUGAAGUGGGCCCUUCGCCCGUUUUUCUGUUGAAGGACCAGACCAGGCACCCCUCACCCGACUUGUACCCCACCUUCAAGGGUGUAGACCUGUCUGAUGGAGGAUGGCACAGGAUAGCCUACAGUGUUCAGGGGGAGUCCGUCACCCUCUUUUUGGACUGCCGGAAGGUGGACACCCAAAAGCUGCCGCCGGGAGGCGGGGCCAUCGUCAGCACGGAGGGCAUCACCGUCUUUGGAUCCCGGCUGGCGGACCAAGGUGCAUUUCAGGGAGAAAUUCAACAACUGCUGAUUCAUGAGGACCCUGAGGCGGCUGCCACUUAUUGUGCCAACUACAUGCCAGACUGCCACUCAGCUCUGCCCCACAACAGCCAGGCCUUGGACCUGCUGGAGGGGGAGGAGAAGUCGGUGAAAAGCCCGAAGGUGAAAUACGGCGAUGACCUUUACGGCGAUCUCGCCGUUUCCAUAGUAACAGCCGGCACAAAUAUCACAGAAUCUGAGGUCCUGGAGCACGAUGACUACAACUACAACGACACCAAGUUUGAGUACGAAGACUAUGACGUAUACGGGGGAGAAGGCUACGACUUUGCCGAGCGAGAACGCGCGGCGACGUGGGAAGGAAAGGCGAGGCCCCCCGCUGACAAAGGACAGAAAGGCGAGCCGGCUACAUUUGAAGCGGGUAGAGUCGUGGAAGGACCACCGGGCCUACCAGGACCAGAGGGACUUCCUGGUCCGGCCGGACCUGUCGGCCCCCCGGGACCCUUUGGAGACCCUGGUGAAGUGGGUCCAACGGGACGCCCUGGUCUCCCCGGGGUUGAUGGUGUUCCGGGUCCACCGGGGACCUUGCUGAUGCUCCCAUUCCAGUAUGGAGGUCAUUCCCAAAAGGGGCCAGUGGUGUCCCCCCAGGAGGCCCAAGCACAAGCCAUCUUACAGCAAGCCCAGCUGUCCAUGAAGGGACCCCCAGGUCCCGUGGGUCUCACGGGGAGAUCAGGCCCGCUGGGCGCUCCUGGCCCCGCCGGCCACAAAGGAGACAUAGGAGACCCCGGCCCUCCGGGACCUCAAGGGUUGCCGGGAACCCAAGGGAGUAAUGGAAAGCCAGGGAAGAGGGGGCGUGCUGGAAAUGAUGGCGGACGGGGAAUUCCAGGUGAAACCGGCACGAAGGGUGACCGAGGUUUCGACGGCCUGCCAGGACUGCCGGGCAUCCAAGGACAUAAGGGGGACCGAGGGAAGCCCGGUCCUCACGGACCCGCCGGAGAGGCGGGAGAGAAGGGAUCAGACGGACCUGUCGGGCCAAGCGGACAACCUGGCGAGCCUGGUCCUCGGGGUCUUGUGGGCCCCAGGGGGCCACCGGGACCACAUGGCCAACCGGGAAUCACCGGAACAGAUGGAGUGCAAGGGUCAAAGGGUAACCUGGGUCCACCGGGAGAAGUAGGACCCCCGGGACAACAGGGAAAUCCUGGACCACAGGGAUUGUCUGGUUCCCAGGGGCCCAUUGGGCUCCCAGGAGAGAAGGGGGUCCAAGGGAAGCAGGGUCUGCAAGGACUACCAGGCAUUGAUGGCCCCUCUGGUCACCCAGGAAGAGAGGGGCCCCCGGGAGACAAAGGCACCCAAGGUGCAGUGGGCGCCCAGGGUCCUAUUGGGUACCCGGGGACCCGUGGAGUCAAGGGAGCAGAUGGUGUUAGAGGUCUUAAGGGCGGCAAAGGAGAGAAGGGAGAAGAUGGUUUUCCUGGCUUCAAAGGUGACAUGGGCCUCAAGGGAGACCGGGGGGACAAUGGGGCUACAGGUGUUCGUGGGGAGGACGGGCCAGAGGGUCCAAAGGGCCAAGGAGGUGCCAUGGGUGACACAGGAGCGGCUGGGAUUGCUGGCGAGAAGGGUCACCUUGGAGUGCCAGGACUGCCUGGAUACCCGGGACGUCAAGGAUCCAAGGGAUCAGUCGGCUUCCUGGGGAUGGGAGGAGCCUCCGGAGAGAAAGGACGAAGGGGUCCGGCUGGCCAGGCAGGAUCCGGAGGUCAAAGAGGUCCUAAUGGUGCCAGAGGAGGAAGAGGAGCCAGAGGUCCCACUGGGAAGCCUGGAGAUAAGGGUUCAGCUGGACAAGAUGGUACUCAAGGAUCCCCUGGAGAACUGGGUCCCCAAGGGCCACAGGGAAUGCAUGGAGAAACAGGAUUAAAAGGGCCACCUGGUCUUCCUGGUAAAGAUGGGAUACCUGGUCAUCCUGGCCAAAGAGGAGAGCCAGGCUUCCAGGGCAAAAACGGCCUCCCAGGCCCACCGGGUGUUGUCGGACCACAGGGAAAAUCUGGUGAAACCGGACCCACUGGGGACAGGGGCCAUCCAGGCUCACCAGGACCCCCUGGUGAGCAAGGACUACCUGGAUCGGCCGGGAAGGAGGGAGCCAAGGGUGACCCAGGCCCGCCAGGCGCACCUGGAAAGAGUGGCCCUGCGGGUCUCCAAGGAUUCAGUGGAAGCCGAGGGAUCCCCGGUGCGACGGGUCCUGCAGGCUUGAAAGGAGGAGAAGGUGUACCUGGUGCCGCAGGACUCAUAGGUGCCGGCGGAGAAAGGGGCCCCGCCGGGCCAGCCGGUGGGAUCGGACAGCCGGGGCGGCCCGGCAACGUGGGGCCCGCGGGGCCGAUGGGAGAGAAAGGCGAUCCGGGAGACAAGGGACCCGUGGGACCGGCUGGGCAAGACGGAGAACAGGGAUCUUUGGGGCCACCAGGGCCUGUGGGGCCACUCGGGCCUCCGGGAGAGGACGGGGACAAGGGUGAGACGGGAGGACCCGGCCAGAAGGGGAGCAAGGGAGAUAAAGGCGAAGCAGGACCCCCAGGACCUCUUGGGGCCCAAGGACCCGUGGGCCAGCCGGGAUUGCACGGGGCAGAUGGCGAGCCGGGCCCCCGCGGGCAGCAGGGGAUGAACGGGGCAAAAGGAGAUGAAGGAUUGAGGGGAUUUAAGGGAGGGAAUGGUCCAGCAGGACUACAGGGAAUGCCAGGACUACCAGGAGAGAAAGGAGAAGGUGGGCACGUUGGCUCAAUGGGACCUCCGGGACAGCACGGCCCCAGGGGACCCCAGGGGCCGAUUGGUCCAGAGGGCGCGGCGGGAUUGUCUGGUGGAGUUGGUCAGCCAGGAUCUGUUGGAGAAAAGGGUGAGGACGGUGAGGCUGGAGACCCAGGGUCGGUUGGAGAGACCGGCACUCCUGGCGUUAAAGGAGACGUGGGAGAGAAGGGGGACUCCGGACCUUCUGGUACAGCCGGACCUCCAGGAAUCCGAGGAACACCAGGAGAGGACGGACCUAAGGGCAAUCUUGGUCCGGAUGGAUUCCCAGGAGACGUGGGGCCCCGUGGAGAAGCUGGAGUUAGUGGUGAAGAUGGUGGACCAGGACCUAAGGGUGAUAACGGAGAACCUGGCAAAGCUGGACCCCCCGGAGCCUCGGGAGAGCCAGGUCCUGCAGGACCACCUGGACGCAGAGGACACGUGGGUGCUGCAGGGAGUGAAGGGAAGCAAGGAAAGAAAGGCGACAAGGGAGAAACCGGCACUCUGGGUCCAGUGGGACGGACAGGCCCUGUGGGACCACAAGGACAGCCAGGGAGGCCCGGACAAGAGGGGUUUCGAGGAAUCCCAGGCCCUUCGGGCGAGCAAGGCUUAACUGGUGAACCGGGAAAAACCGGACCACCUGGACCAUUGGGACCACCGGGACUACCCGGGUUUAAAGGGGAUACCGGACUACAGGGAGAAAAAGGUCACGGCGGGUUGCUUGGCCUCGUUGGCUCCCCGGGAGAGCCUGGAGAGAAAGGUGACCGCGGCCUGCCUGGAAGCAACGGUGCACAGGGGCCUAAAGGAGAUGAGGGAGGUUCCGGCACACCUGGUCCCAUUGGUCCACCGGGACCACCUGGUCUGUCGGGUGCCGGUGGAGAGAAAGGAUCCAAGGGAGACACGGGCACCGUAGGUCCCAGAGGUGACCCAGGCCGUGCUGGCCCCCCAGGACCCCCAGGACGCGCUGCCACGGCGGUCCAACCGUUGCCCCUCAGGGAGGGCAGGAAGAAGAAAAGACGCAACCUCAACGGCGGCCACGAGUUUGAGAUCAACAUGGAAGACUUCCUUCAAGCUGACCAGCCUCAAGGAGAAGGAGACGACGGCAUGGAGGAAGUGUUUGCCACACUUUCCUCCAUGAAAACCGAGGUGGAGCUCAUGAGGAGGCCGCUGGGGACGUUCGAGAGCCCCGCCCGGACUUGCAAGGAGCUGAUGAUGGUUCAACCCGACUUCAAAGAUGGAGACUACUGGAUCGACCCCAACCAAGGAUGCAACCGGGACGCCGUUAAGGUGCACUGCAACUUCACAGCUGGAGGAGACACAUGUCUGGAUCCUGACAAGAAGAUUGAAACGGUGAAGCUGGCAGCCUGGAGCAAGGAGAAGCCAGGAAGUUGGUACAGUGGAUACAGGAAAGGCAAACAGUUUUCCUACAACGACGUGGACGGCAACCCCGUACACGUGGUGCAGCUGACCUUCCUCAAGCUGCUGAGCGCCACGGCCAAGCAGCACUUCACCUACACCUGCCAGAACUCGGCGGGCUGGUUCGACAGCUCAUCGGGCUCCCAUCGCCACGCCGUGCGCUUCCGGGCCAGCAACGAUCAGGUGCUGACCCAGGCCAACAGCUCCUUCAUCCACGCCCUCCAUGAUGGAUGCCAGUCCCGCAAAGGUCACGCCAGCACGCUGCUGCAGGUGCACGCCCCCUCCGCCGAGCUGCUGCCCCUCACAGACGUCUCCGCCACCGACUUCGGCGGCAGCAACCAGAAGUUCGGCUUCCAAGUGGGCCGCGUCUGCUUCACCGGCUAACAGCCAGCCUGCAAGAGCACACCCAGAACCACUGAACACUGCACAAGAGCAAUAUUUAUUAUUAGAUGUUUAGUAUUUAAGACUUAGGACAUGGAGAGGAGGAGCAGGAGGGGGCGUGACAUGAACUGCCAUGUCGCCUAGUAACCACAGGUCGUGUUCCUCUGCAGCAACCAUGACGGAUGUGUCCUUUGCUACUAUUAAGGAGUCUCAAGCACUGUAUUUACAUGCUGCCUUUACAGCCAGGACAGCAAUUAAGUGAUUGAAAUGUUCUCCUUUUAUAGCAAGAGCAGCUCCUCUUUUUCUCUAUUAUUCAUAUGUUGAAAUAUGAACCUUUGC